AUGAGUAGCUGGGCUGAGGGACAGGCCUGCAAGCUGGACUAUCCGAUAUACGUUCGCUUGUUUUCUGAUGAUGACCGGGAACAAGCUACUAAGGUCGCAGCGGAAGUUCAGAACCUUCUAAGGGCUGACAAUGACCUCUCAUUGUAUAAUUUUUAUGUUACGCAGGACGAUUCCAACGCCACAAUUGCUAUGGACGCUCUCCACUCGGUACAGCAUACGAGCUACGAAACUGUUGAACACAGGGAGCACCAUCUCACAGUCAGCAUCAAGGAAGAUUUGAACGUGAAAGCUACGGAAGCUUCUCUAUGGUCCUGGGUUCCGCUACUUGAGGUUCGCCACAGCCCUGGAAAGUCUGCAGAUCCAGCGACACUGGCCCCGUUCAUCUCACAAGAGAUACGUAAGAUAUUUCGGGAGGAGCAAGGUACUAUUUCUUCUAUGGUAGAUGAGACCGCGUUCACGACACACCGACCAGCAGGCCAGCUCUCACCUGAAGCACGGGCGACCUUGGACGGAAAAAAGACAAGAGCAUUCAAGUAUGCCUCUGACUACCACUUGACAUUCUCAAUGUUCACUUCCUCCGCCACUCCAUCCUCGUGGGACAUUGAGGGAGCGCUGGAAAAUACCAUCAAUCCACUCAUUGCCCGCUUUUCGUCCAUCAGCAAAUUCACCGUCGACACCCAGGUACAGCUCUAUGCAUCUUUCUCACCUUCCAUCGCCGGGCCGCUAUACGAUGAGUCCACCCGAGAAUGGCAGCUGCAAAGAUCGGAUCUGAGCGGCUUCAUCAAUGCCGCCGAGUGGCCACUCAGCCCCGGCAUCGGCGCUGGACCUACCAUCAACUUCGUGCUCUUCGUGCCUUCGAAGGACCAGAGUCCGUUGGUCAUCGCAGAGACCGGCGGUAACAGCUGGCUCAUUCCGCAAUGGGGCGGCGUGCAAAUCCUCAACCCUUCUGGAAAGCAACCUGAGAGGCUGUCCGCAAGCGACCUGGAACCCGUAAUGCUCACCUUCGCCGAUCAGCUCUCUUCGCUCCUCGGGCUGCCCUCAUCUCCGCCCUCACUCGCCCUCCGCAUAUCAAGCCUCACCCGCGAAAGAGCAACCUCUAUUAUCAUCUCAGCUUCGUCCACUCUUGGUGCACUGGCAAGACUCACACUCAAGCUGAAGUCGAUCGCUAUACCUGAGUCAGUCGCCAAGUCGGUGGACCAGACAAUUCAUCAUCUGGAUCAAGCUUGUCGGGGUCUGCAAUCAGGACAGUAUCACGAAGCGCUUGAGAACGCGAGGACUGCCGAAGAGGAGGCUGAGCAGGCGUUCUUCGAACCAUCAAUGGUUGGGCAAGUCUACUUCCCGGACGAGCACAAGGUCGCGGUGUAUGUGCCUUUGCUUGGACCCAUGGCAGUACCGCUGAUCAUGGCGUUGGCAAAGGAGCUGAGGGAGUUCAUCAAGAAGCUACGGGAGAAGAGAAGUGGGAAGGCGAAAGACGAGUAA